GUCUCCGAAUGGAGGACGGCGACUGGUAUCGCAGCUCCCCGCUUCCCGCCUUCGGCAACCACCUGCCCCCGCACCUGCACACGUUCUUGGAGACGCGUGUCUCCCAUGGCCUCGACUUGCAUGAGCUUGCUAUUGUGGCUGGCCUGUUGGAGCACAAGGUCCAUGACCAGGCUGAGAAGAGGCUCGCGCUUGCCUACAAGGCCUUGAAGCAGGAACGCGCUCCCGUGUCUCGAAAUGAUGCUUUCGACAUCAUGCACACGUACCUCGCGACGUACAUCCUCGGCAAGGAGGACGAGGGAGAGUCGGAGAGCGUUGCCAUUGAGAAGAUGUUGACGAGCCGACAGCACUUGGAUGGAGGCUACUACCCACGCUGGACGGAGGCCGCUGAAUUGCUGCAGCAGGCCGCGGACGCCGUGGCGCCGGGCGCGUCGAGCUUCGAGUUUGCGCAGAUCUUGGCGAGCUUGGAGCGCGUGGCAGAUCAGAUUUUCCACCUGGAAAACCGAGAGUGCGGUGCGAUCCGACAGCAACUCACACAGCUGGAGGACCACGAUGCCAGUGGACGAGUCACUCUGGCGGACUUCUACAACACGACCCUGCACAACUUCUUCUCCAGUGCAUUCACCGAAAGCGAGCACUAUCUCCGGGAUGCCGGGGCAUUGGACGAGUCUGUCCCAGGCAUGCCGCGAGUGAUCAUUCCCAACUACCUCAUGCUCGACUCGAAUUGUCUCGGCUCCUCUGAGUACUACGCCGUGUGCUGCAUCGACGAGUGCGAAGUGCUUCUGGACACCAUCGAGUCCCAGAUCCACGCCCCGACGGCAUCGCCGAAACAGCUGACCCAGUUGGUCUCCUCCCUCGGCGCGGAGUAUGCCUUGGAUGAGAG